AUUUUUUUUUUCUUUUUGUAUUCUUCUUCAUGGCUAAUUAGUCUUAUGAGGUCACCCAAAGGGAUUGUUAGGAGGAUAGAAGAAGGGGUUUUUCAAGGAAACCUUUGAGAAAAAUACCCCAAAUGGCUUCUUCCCCAAAAGGUUCUCCACCUUCAUCACGUGUUUCAUCACCACCUCCACCAGCGGGGGAUAAGUCCACGGCGCCACCGCCAGUUCCAGCUUCCUCGCCACCAAACCCACCUUCGGCGCCACCGUCUCCCCCAGCAGAGUCAAAUUCACCUUCACCACCUUCAUAUUCAAGUACUUCAUCCUCUUCACCACCGUCGACACCCGCUUUGCUGCCACCGACAUCUCCUUCUACAUCACCGUCACCACCAUCGACCUUGUCCUCGUCACCUUCAUCGCCAUCGUCAUGGACAUCACCGACAAUAUCGACGUCAAAAUCACCCUCAUCAUCAUCAACAAGAUCAUCAACAUCGCCUUCACGGAAACCCUCAUCGAAUAACAAUGGAAACAAUCAAAAUAAUACCACCGUAACAAACCCUACACCAUCACCACCACCACUGUCACCACCAUCAUUAUCAUCACCAUCAUCAUCGCCACCACCACUGCCAGCAAAUUCGCCACUUGAAAAUAGCUUACCGAAUCCUUCUUCCACCCCAAUACUUUCAUCCCCACCACCAACAUCAAACUCAUCCACUAAUCAAAUUGAAAACACACCAAAAUCAUCUAGUAUGCCAUUUUCAUCUACAUUGCCAAUUAUAAUAGGUGUUCCAGUUAGUGUUGGUUUAUUACUUGGUCUCAUUUUAAUGUGCCUCAAUGCGAUGCGCACUAAAAGGAAAGAAGACUUGGAGAAGCAUGUGCAAAAAGGUGAUGCUGAAAAAGGAAUUGGGAACAAAGCAAAUGAGCAUGCUGAUAAUAUACUAGUGAGUCCAAGUGGGAUUGUAGGUAAAGGAGGGUCACCACGAGAGGAAGCACCUCCAUAUUUUUCACCCAAAUAUCAAUCACCAUUAGGGAUCAACAAGUGCUCUUUCACCUAUGAAGAGCUUGCCAUUGCAACUCAGGGGUUCUCUCAGAAGAAUUUGUUGGGUCAAGGUGGGUUUGGGUUUGUUCACAAAGGGGUCUUACCUAAUGGAAGAGAAGUGGCUGUCAAGAGCCUAAAAUCAGGUAGCGGGCAAGGCCAACGUGAAUUCCAAGCCGAAGUUGAGAUCAUUAGUCGCAUUCAUCAUCGACACCUCGUUUCUCUUGUUGGGUUUUCCAUUGCUGGGGAUAAAAAGAUGUUGGUCUAUGAGUUUCUUCCAAACAAAACUCUUCAAUUCCACCUUCAUGAGAAAGGUCUCCCAACCAUGGACUGGCCUACUAGGCUUAAAAUUGCACUUGGAGCAGCUAAAGGCCUUUCAUACUUGCAUGAAGAUUGCCACCCUCGCAUCAUUCAUAGAGACAUCAAAUCUGCCAACAUCUUACUUGAUUUUUGUUUUGAAGCCAUGGUGGCAGAUUUUGGAUUGGCUAAACUUACUCAAGAUAGUAAUACUCAUGUCUCUACUCGUGUCAUGGGAACAUUUGGUUACUUAGCACCUGAAUAUGUAUCAAGUGGUAAGCUGACAAACAAAUCUGAUGUUUUCUCCUUUGGCGUUGUGUUAUUGGAGCUGAUAACCGGACGUCGGCCUUAUAAUCCCACAUCAAAUAUGGAUGAAAGCUUAGUAGAUUGGGCUAGGCCCCUAUGUGCAAGAGCUAUAGAGGAUGGGAAAUUUGGUCAAUUGGUGGAUCCACGCCUAGGAAACAAUUUUGUCGACCAUGAGAUGGCAUCCAUGGUUUCAUGUGCCAGUGCAUGUGUUAGGCAUUCUGCUAGACAACGACCCAAAAUGCGACAGAUUGUGUGUGCAUUAGAAGAUGGUGUUCCAUUAGAUGACCUAAGUGAAACCUCGAAACUCGACCAAAGUUCAACCUCCAACUCCAAAAGCGACGACACUAGCAACGAAUCGAGUUCAUACACUUUAGAAAGCAAAGAAUAUGGAAGCAACAACAAUGACGAUACGAACCAUUGCCAUCUCAAUCCUUCUUCCUUUAGUAGUGACUCAAGUGAGACUACGAGCAAGGCUAGAGAUGACCUUAAGUAAAUCUGAGGUUUGAUGGGUGCUUGUACUAUAGGUUGAAUAAGAAUGAAUUAAUUUCUCCAUUAUAAAAGCGAGAAAUCUAGAUUUUAUAAAUUUUAUCUUUUUCCUUUCUUGAGAAAAGUUUGUGUACAUUUAAUUUGGAGGC